AUGACCCAGACCCAGCGGCAAUGGCGACUUCAGGAAAAUGAGUUAAACUCAACCUCUGAAUCCACCAUAACCGAGAAUUCCAGACUGGCUCUCGACCCGAACACCUGUCUCAAGAAUAUCUCAGUCCUCAACAAUACCCUUUCCGAACUGGAAAGCAAAUUUUUCGCCCUCGAAAAUGAAAACUCAGCACUGAACACCCAACUCUCCGAUCUGUAUCAAACACAAACCGAUCUCCGUCAAAAUAUCAGUGACCUCGAAAUGAAGUUCAGGAUUCUGAACGAAGAGAAUGCUCUAAUCUGUCAACUGCUGACCAGCAGAAAAGAGCAACCGGGUCCCCAGGAUUGGAUCAGAAAUAAAGGACGCUGUUAUCUCAUAUCCACGCUGAAAACAUCUUUCGAUGGAGCGAACAUGUAUUGUUCAAAUAUUGAUGCAAGGUUGAUGGAAAUAAAUUCAAAGGAAGAACAGGAUGUUGUUUCCAACGCUCUCGGCGAUAAAGACAGAGCAUACCGGAUUGGAAAAUGUGCAGACCGGGAAGAGGCGUCUAGUCUUUUUGUCAAGUACUCAAGUGGAACGUCAAACUGCGUUAACUGCGACUCGUCCAGCUGGAGGGACUAUUGCAAACGUCAACACCCUUUCAUCUGCCAGAAGUCUGCGCAUUUGUGCCCGCAUAUACCUGAAGAGAUCCAGGAUAUCUGUCAAUAG